AUGGCGUCGUCGAAGGGAGGAAACACAACCGCGCAUAUGAAUACUCUCCACCAGCGUCUUUAUCACGCUCUCAAUCUCGGCUUCAGGAGAGUAAGUGAUGAUAAGGAGAAGAAAUGGGAGUGUACUGAUAUCGAGAUACAGAGACACGUCGUUAAAUCGAUUUCAGCUUUUCUUGAUUGUUUCUCUCGUGCAACAGCUAAUCAUCGUCUCAUCAAGGAUUCAGUUUCUGAUAUAGCAAGGGCAUUGGUGUUUAUUCUAGGGUUUAGAAACAGAGCUGUGGUGGGUUUAGCAGCUAAUGUGCUCAUUAAGUUGCUACGUGUUGUUCAUCCUUCUUUCUUGCAAACGUAUUCGUUGGAUCUUGUGGAGUCUUUGGUACCUUUGUUGAGUGUUCGGCAAGUGGAAGUUUCUCUUCCUUGUGCUGUUGCUUUGAAUGUGAUUCUUGUAAACGUUAGAGAAAGUAAGGAGAAAGAAGUGUGGAGGGUAUUAGAAGAGGGGAAGACUGUUGUUUUGGUGGUUGGUAAUCUGCAGAAGUUUUAUGAAGGGAAUGUGUCAGUGGAAUGGUUUCAGGAGAUGGCUUCGCUUUUGAGUACUGUAAUGUUGAAAUGGCCUCAGUCUAGGUAUUCUGUUUGGAGCAAUCCUGACUUGAUGGGUUUAUUGGAGAGUCUUAGUCAAAAGCCUGAUAUGGAUGUGAAGUUGGCAGCUUUGAAGCUGUAUUCUUCUGUAGCGCUUUGUGGCCAUGGUGCCAGUGAGCUUCUAAAUAAUGGGAAGCCUAUGUUGGAUUUGAUGAUUAGCUGCAUGGACGAAUCAAGCUCCCCAAAUGCUCGAGUUGAAGGGUUUAAGCUAGCACAAAGGCUUGCGACAGGUAACAGAGAAUGCUUGAAGAUGAUCAACAUGUGUUCUGAGCCUCUAGUAAAGACUACAAUUUUGACCAUAAGGUCGGGAAAGCUUGAAAAUGAUCGGAUGGCAUUGCUUGUUGAGGCUUGUAAACUGGCUUUAAUCACUCGUUGGGAAGGAAAACAUCAUAUUUAUUUCUGGAAGUAUCGGAUCUCACAGGCGCUUCUUAGUCUUGUGGUAGAGAAUUUUUGUAGUGAAUCCUUGGAUGGUUAUUCUUCGCUGGAAGAAGAAAUUUCUGUUGCUGAGAAGAUACUCAAUGCGAAUUUUCUACCUAGUCUGAGGUCAUAUGUUUGGGAUAUAAUUGGAUUCUUGGCAGCUCACUGUGAGGAAGAUUUCGAUUCCAUUUCGCGUGGAGAUGAACUCCACCUCAACUUUCUUGUCACAUGUGCAUGCUUGACCUUUUCAAGGUCAGUUCAGAAAGGCUAUCAGAUAUGUCAAAAGGAUAGCAUCAGCGCCUCUCAAAGUGAGUCAGCCUCAAGAGCAGUUCUAAUGAUGAUAUAUUCUCCCUCCAAAUACAUAUCAUCAAGGGCCAGAGUUACCCUCUCGUUCAUCAUAGGAGAAGAUGGUGAGCAGAAUUUGUAUUCUCUUGUAAAUUUCCUAAGUUAUAUUCCAUCUUCUGGAGGUUAUGUACUCCCAAAUAUACUGCAAACUACCGUCUGUUUGGUGGGCUUGGCAUGCUAUUCCUCGAUCCCUCAGUAUGCGAAUUUCAUUUUAAGAAACCAGGGUUUGGAGAUACUAUUGUCUUUCUGUAGCUGGUAUCAAAGGAAUCGUGAGAAUGUUGGAGCAUCGAGUUUUGUUCCUUAUCCCCAGAGCAGUGCUGAGAAGAGGAUAUGUUGCUGGGAAUGUACGGAAGACUGGGACAACAAAGAUGCUAUUCUUCUUUAUGCUCUCUUGGCUCUGACCGAGUUGGUAAAUCAUUCUUUCUCUGAACAGAUGCACGCCGAAGAAUUUUCAACCAAGAGAGAAAGUGUGAAAGAUCGGUUAUGCACCACACUUCAGGAGAUCCGAGAUGGAAGUUACGGCUCCGGUCCAAGGUGGUAUGCUGCAUACAUCCUAAGCUAUUUUGGAUACUAUGGCUUCCAAGAUAAGUUGGGAAAAAGACUAAUGGGAGCUUACAAAGAUGAGGAAUGUAGUGAUAUGCGACUCAUGUUUGCUAAUGGGAAUAAUGCGAGUGUAAACAAAGUUAUUCUCGCUGUCAGGUGUCCAACGCUACUGCCUCCCAAGGAGGGAGCUCACAGUGGCUCGAUACCAACUGAGAAAUCAGGGAGAACGGUUCAAGAAAUUCGCAUGUCUGCCAAUGUGGAUACUUUGGCGCUUGUUAAGUUAUUGGAAUUUGCUUACUCUGGGUAUGUGCAAGUAGAUAGUACGACGCUGAAAAAGCUGAAAACCUUGGCUAGACAUUGUAAGUCAAAGGUUUUGCUGCAGAUGCUCUGCAGAGGAAGACCCAAGUGGGGGUCUUCAAUUCCUAAAAUUGAUCUACCCCUUGCCCUCACUCCUAAGCUCAUCCAUUUCUCGGAUGUUAUAUUAGUACCUAAAGAAACAAACAUGGCUGGCUUCAACUGCCGUUUGUGUUCCUCAACAUCUCCUCACGCCCACUCUCACCGGGUUAUACUAUCGUCAGGCUGUGAAUACCUACGUGCCUUGUUCCGGUCUGGAAUGCAGGAGAGCCAUUUGGAUAAGCUUAACGUCCCUGUGAGCUGGCUGGGUUUAACUAAGCUUGUAAAUUGGUUCUACUCUGAUGAAUUACCAAAACCUCCAUCGGGUUGCAAAUGGAACAACAUGGACACCGAUGCAAAACUACAGGAGCUUCAAGCUUACGUGGAGAUAUACUCUCUUACCGAAUGGUGGAUAAUGGAAGAUCUCCAAAACGACUGUGCUAAAGUGAUUCUCACUUGCUUGGAAUCCGCUAGAGAGUUAUCGAUCAAAACAAUCGAAUUAGCUGCAACUUUCUCGAUGUGGAAACUGGUGGAAGCAGCUGCUGAGCAUGCAGCUCCUAUUUACCAUCAGCUUCGUGACUCAGGUGAGCUCGAUGAGCUAGAUGACGAGCUGGUUAACUUGAUCCGAACCGCUGCCGUUCAGUUUUCUCAACAGGGUGGUUGA